GGCAUUCACAUGUCUACAACAUCAAUGUUUGGAAGUAGAGUUUAUCACUUAGUUUAUACGCCUGACAUUAUUUUACCUUACCAAUAUCAUUGAGAUAAUCAUGCAUACCCUCACUACCCCAUAUACUUGCGCUUUCUGUUGCAAAUCCAAUUUGUCGAAAAGGCAAUGUGGAUCCUGCAAGUCCAUCCUUUAUUGUUCUAGGAUGUGUCAGCGAUUAGACUGGUCUUUUCACAAAAGCUUCUGCAAAGCUUUCAAGUCACUCAAUCCACGCCCUUCAGAAGAUCACAGGCUCGCAUUCUAUUUUCCGAUUGACCUUGAUCCCAGGUUGGAAUGGGUCCGGCCUCCAAGCUCUCUACAUCCAGAUAAAAAUGAUGAAGAACUUGAUUUUCCGUCAGUGAGUUCUAUAGAAUUAAAGUCGACAGUACAAUGGCCAUAUAUUCUUGCUCGAGGAGGCUACGUAGACGGCUUUCUGAAGCUCAAUCAUAGCAUCAUAUCAUUCACGAAGGGAGCUUAUUGGGCGGGGCCCUUGGCUGUUUUCCGGAAAGAGAGGUCUGCUAUUAACUCAGCUAUCAUACAGGAUGUUUCUUUGGAUGACCUCCCAAAAGUCAUACGAUUGUUGAAACAGAUUGGCAAUGGAAGUCAAGUGAUGAAGCCUCAAGCUCUCAAGCAAGAAUUCAAGACUUCGAGAGGCGUAAUCAUUAAAUGCAAAGGCGAUAAGAUGGAUGAUCCAAGACCGAUUGAGCUUGAGGUUUCCAACAUUCCGGAAUUUCACCCGAUUUUCGAUGGGCAACCCACAAACAUCUCAAAAUUGAUGAAUAUUCCGUUGAUUAUACAAGGAUUACCUCGGGAGGCUAGAAAAAAUGUUGUGUUUGACGAAGAUCAGUUGCGGAAUGAUCACUGUGGUGUUCUUCACCUUGAUGUUCUUUCCCAUAGUGACACGUGGGGCGAAAUACCUUCGCAAUGGCAAAACAACGUAGGAACAAUUCUAGUUGUGAGACAGGACAAAAAAGAUAUUACUGCGCUUCAGCUGUUGGCGAUCAUCGCAUUCAUCAAGCGAUUGGAUCUUAGUACAGUAAAAGAUGAACCGGAUGUAGGAACGAGAGAGGAAUUUCUUGACAAUUAUUUCAGUAAGACGAAUUUCGAAGAUUUUUUCUUCGGCUGCUUUGCAUCUGCUGUAGAGAUUCAAAACCCGCAGCGAAACGAAAACUUGAUAUCUCCUUAUAGCAACUCAUAUGAUUCAGUCGGUUUAUUUCAGGACAAUUUUUCCGUACAUCAAUACAUAGAUCCGUGCGGCAAAACUGGAUACUGGAUACUUUACGGGGGUGAAAAUUGAGAGACCUGUGGAUGAAUUAUCGGAUCAAUGCAUAGAGCGGUGUUUUGGAUUGGAGAUUUUUGUAGUAAAUAUUUUGGCAGAUGAUGCCAUUGAUCACUUGAACAAGUGUAUGACGAAAGCGUUUUGUGGGCUUGCUUGCUUUUUAUACAUGAAGGCAUCAGCAUGACCCUGAGCUAGAAAUUCAUUAGAUUUAUUUUUUAAAGCGAAUCAAAUUAGCGAUAGAUUUUGAGACUUUAGCUGUAUCACGAGAACUCAGCACCCCAUAAAGCUUUCUUUUCAAUGAAUCAUCUAAUA